AUAAAACAAAAAGAGCACAAAUAAGACAAACUAUCAGAAGUGAAGGUGAAGCCAAAAAUGCAAAUUGUAGCAUAGAAAUGUUAUUCUAGCAAAAUAGGUGCAACAAAAGCGAAAAUAGUGAAACCGUACAAAGUUGGACAUUGUUAAAACAUACGUGUGUUUUGAAGGUACAGUUCGCGUUAGUAUGCGUGAAAAUCUGUCCUAAGCAAUUGCAGCAAAAGAAUGUAAAUGGUGGCGCUUUAAGUGAGAAAAAAUAUUUCGCUUCUGGAUUCUAGCUGAAAUAUUUAUUAAUUUCGUCCGGACAAACCAUGGUCAAAGGUCGACGCACACGACAGAUCAAUGUCGCCAGUCAGCUGCUCUCGGCGGCUGCAGCACCGGAUGAUACCGCUAGUCCUAAGCGAAAAGAUUUCAAAUAUGACAACGACGGGUCAAACUUCGUCCAGAAAAACUUUACCAACGACACCAGUCACACCAAUCCAUCGCAUUCUGAAGGCACUUCGUUACCGAUGGUCCUUCGUGGUUGUCGCUCCAAAACCAACGGAAUAGCCCAAUACUUCACAAACAGUGAGAAAUUGGCGUCGCCAACUGUAUCAAAUAACGUUCCUGCUGCAAAUGUCGCCAGCUUUAUUGAUCUCACUGAUGAGAACACCUGUGACUCAUUCGAAAACGUUGCAAAUGGUGUCACGAAACCGGAAAUGGAUGAUUCGCCGUUAGCUGGCCUCGGGUUUAACUUUAUCGAAAGCAACCCAGCUAGCAACAUUUUCCUACAGGAACCGGUUCUCAGUUUAAACAUCGACAAAACAUCGACGGACCAAUCCCGGGUUGUCAUAAAAAAUUCUUUCCUUUCAACCGAAAUUCAGAACAAAUUUUCUCCUCCCAAAUGUGAUCCGAUAUGGGGAAAUAUGAUAGAUACGACACAAGUUAAACGAGAACCGAUAGAGCAUGCUCUUGAUCUUUCUAAGCCAACACAAGUGACAUCAAUUGAUUCUACAACGUUCCUAAAUCAAGACAGCAAUUCCUGUGAUAGUGGAGAUAGCGGAGUAGUUAUUUCACCCACGGGAGUUCUAGAAUCGAGCAUUCAUUCGGAUGGAAAGCGACGCAAACCGGCUACUCCGCACCGCAUUCUGUGUCCUUCUCCGGUGAAAAAUCCUAUCGUGGCAAGCCCCUCAAAGGCAUUGGCCCAUCUUAACAUCCAAAACAAGCGUGCCACUAGAAAGAAUGCAAAGUCCAAACGAAGACUACAUACCAAGGAAUUGGAGAACGCGUUAGAGGAGACAGUAACAGAAUGUAGCAUGGGACAAAAUUUGCCAAUAGGGACAACGCCGGCAGUGACAUUGCCACCAACAGAACCAAUCGACAAGAAAAAAACAGUGUUGAAUGAUUCCAUUAACCCGACCGCACAGCAAAACACCAACAAUAAUAACCAAAGUAGUAAACCGAGCGAAGGACCAACAGUUGUAUCGACCGGGGGAAAAUCUGUCGGAGUCGGGGGUAACAAAAAGCUAACCGAUUUCUUCCAAGUUCGACGAAGUGUAAGAAAGACCAAAAAAGAAGUGCAGUGGGAACGUGAUCGCGACAUUGAGAAGGCCAUUCGUGAAGAGCGAGAGACAGGUUUAAAGAUUGCAUGUUUCGACGGUAAAGGUCGGGGAAUAAUAACAACGCGGCCGUUUUUAAAAGGCGAAUUUGUCGUGGAAUACAUAGGGGAUUUGAUUACUGUGGCUGAGGCUAAACAACGUGAACAAAUUUAUGCCGAAGACGACAAUACUGGUUGUUAUAUGUACUAUUUUAAGCAUAAGAAUGUACAGCACUGUAUUGACGCAACAGCCGAGAGUGGUAAGCUGGGACGGUUAGUAAAUCAUUCGCGCAAUGGAAAUCUUAUGACCAAAACAGUGUCUUUGAACAACCGACCUCAUUUGGUGCUAAUUGCCAAAGAAGAUAUCACCGAAGGGGUGGAAGUGACGUACGACUACGGUGACCGCUCGAAAGAAUCACUGCAGCACCACCCGUGGCUGGCUUUCUAAAUGUUUCUGUUCGGCUUGUUCUGGUUUGUUCGCUGUGCCACGGGUGGUGCUUCUGCAGUAUUCUGACACAUAGCGAGCGACUUAAAAGCAAGUACCGCCAUAGGUUGUUGUUGAGCAAACGACUAGGUACUAUAAGUGUUUCGAUAGUUUUGCUCGAGUUCCAUUUUUACGGAAAAGUAAUCUACAGUUUACAGCGAUAGUUAUGGGCGUGAUACAAAUUUUUGAUCCCUAAUUAUAUAUAAAAGAUGUAGCAAUUUUUGCAUAAAGAUGGGUGAAAAACAGUACUAACACUAACACUAGACCCCAUAGUAUCAAAUAGGAUGCGCGAAUAGUAAUUUAUUGUUUAUUUUAUAUUUGAUAAAUUUAUUUCAAAGUGUUAGAUGAAUAUUACAAUAAUUAUGAUCAAACAUUUAUUUAAAAGAUUAAACCAAUUAUUUUCUGGACAAAGAAAGUUAAACUUGUAUGCAAACACACGAUUCAGAUUUUCAAUUAUAUUUGCUAGAGUUUUAGGAUGGACCAGAUAUAUUAUUUGUAUCCUCCUGUGACGAAUAAAGAUUUUCCUUCCAAGAGGGUGGGAUGCUCAAGGAAAAUCCAAUUAAUUGAACUUAUGAACACCAUGAUGAGGAAAGUGCUUUUAAAAAGUAUAGUUUUAUAAAAAGUAUUCUGACGAAUCGGCGACAUGCAGUUGACGGAGAAUAAUGAAAAUUUGGUGUGAUUUUCGAUCACCAUUUUCUUUCAUUGGGUAGGUGUAUAAGAAGAAAUUUUCGGUGGUAGGGUAUACGUACAGUAUAAUUGAUGACGUUUAGGCCUCCAGUAGUGCUGCGAAAUUUCAAAAUCAGUUACUUAUUUCUGCUUGUAUUUACCGAAACCAACAUUCAGAUUCACCACCUUCAAUCCUCAUUCAUUACUUUCCAACUGACUGAAAUUUCAUGCAGAAUCAAAUACAGAGAAAAUAUAAAUUUCUUGACCAACUAAACCAUUCAUUUGAUAUGUGGACAGUUUGAAGGCAGAAGUUGUCAUCUUUUACAUUUUCGAGCAUAAAUGAAAUGCGUAAUCUAUAUCCGGUGCACUUUUGCUCAAUAAUCCCUCUCAUAGGUAGAAUAGAAACAAAAUUCAGUUUGCUUCCGAAACCGAACAUGUUCGAAUCUGAAUGCGCUGUGUCGGGAGAACGAAUGAAGCGGGAAACGAACCGAACAAUUCAUUCCUCGUGGCGGGCAUGAAUUGAAUUUUGUUUUCUUCAAGUUCACGCAGUGAUGUCAACUUUUUCAAGCUCUGGCCUGUAGGUUCAAAACACACUUUAAACAGACGAUUGACAAAACACCUUUGAAGAAAAACGACGUUAUUUUAUAGAAUGCUUUUCCUACUUAAGUUUACUUGUAAGAUCGCGAUCUGCAUUAUUGAGUAAUUACCGGCCAACGUCAAGUUAUUCGUAGGCAGUAGAUCACAGGAACUCUACUUAAUUCGAGAACACAAGGUAAAUUUUACCACUUUCAAUCGAGAAAGCUUUAAUUUCGUUGAAACCUUUCGCAAUGCUUUUUUUGUUUUUUUUUAUUGAAUCGGCGUUAAAUUGAAUCACGGUGCUUGAGUCGCAUACAUAAUUCAAUUUUACGAAUCUAAUAAAACUGUUCUCGAAAUCAAUGUCCUCUAAAUGGUAUGCAAAGUUUAAAGCAAAAACUCAACCAGACAGUUUCUUGUGAAUCCAAUGUGCAUAUUCACCACAAUGGAUUUCAUUCCACACUUCCCAAAACAUGGCAUUCUUGUUCGGAUUUUAUUUUAACUGUUAUUUGAAAAUCUUAAUGUUUUGUAAAACUCACAGAGACACGAUCUUUAAAAAUUACUGUGCAAAAAAGGUAGAGUAUAUUAGAGGAACAAAUGCGCAGGAAACAUCCUGUUGAUUAUCAAAGUAUGUCCUUAUAAGGGAAGGUCUUAGAAUGCGUCAAACGUCCCUGUGCUCGUAUGAGUGACAGUUUAUACGGCGAAUGCUAUCGUCUACGUCAUCAAUACCACAUUUUGUAGGCUGCCUUUGUUCACUACCACUAACAGUUUUGACGCAUGCUAGGACCUUGUUUAGAGAGGGACUUCCAAGAAUUUUUUUAACAUAGUAAUAGAAUAUACUGUCCACCAUAAAAUCAAAAUUGAAUAAACUUAUAGAAACGCGACAAAAAAUUAAAACACAGAGUAUACUACAGCAACAGCACUGGGAAAAAGCCAUUUGAUGAGGCCCAAUAUGAUUAACGGUACUUUUCCGUGGGUGUACUGUCGCAACACGUGACUACGGACACAGCCAAAAGUUGUGCGAUCUUCUUAAAAUACGAGCAACAUCUCACUGCGAUUUCCCUUAUUACGUCAGAUUCUUUACCCAAAUCCGUUCCUUUCCCGACAAAAACAAUAUACAAGCUUCUAAUAAAAUCGCUGAAAACAGGCUUUCGUUGCAGUUUUCGGUGCUUCUCAAAAAUAAAGUAUUCCUAAUACACAAAAAUAUAUGCUUUAUCAUAUCAAGAUAAGGAAAAAAAUUCUCUCGUGUGUUUGCUCUUAAAUAAUAUCAAAUGACGAUUCCGUAUCAUGAAACACCGCAAAGCCUAAUUUAUAAGCAAGUAGAAUAAAAUGACGUAGACGAUACCCGAACCCGACACAAUUGGAUUCUUAAUAUUAGAAUUCAAACCUAGAAUAAGCUUUACAUUGCGGUAAAAGCGAUAAGAAUAGACUAAAAACUGCCAUUUCGUUUCCGAAUUAAUAUUAGUACACCACACAAUUCAUCAUGAAUAAGCUUCAAUAAUGGAAUACUGAAUGAGUUAGCAUUUCCGGUUCUAGCUAGUGACUGAAUUAGAAAAUUUUAGGAAUGGUCUAAAAUAAAAGUGGUUUAAAUUUAACAUCAGAAACCAUGUGCACGAAAAAGUGAUUGGAAGUUGUUUGAUUUAUUUUCACCAUGAAAAUAAUUACAAUAUUAUUAUAAGUUGAAACAGUACAACCGAAUAAUGACAUCAUGCAUGGUACCCGAAGGUGUAGUGCGUGAAUGCACUGGGUUUUUGUAUUAGUUUAUUUUAUUUCGAUUAUUGAAAGGUUUUAACCUUAGAGUCGUUCGUAUCUCUUUUCCGGGUUAGAAAAA